CAAAAGAACCCUUAAAAAUAUGUCAUCUUCAUCAGCAGAAUCGAAAAUGGCCUUGGCCAAGACUGUUCUAUCGACAGUAGGCUCUGUUGCUGCGACAGCCAUGUUGGUUCGUUCGAUAUUUCAUGACUACAUUCCCCGGGAACUCCAUGAAUAUCUCUUCUUUGGACUUCGAAACAUGUUCACCAACUUCUCAAAUCAGCUAACAAUGGUGAUUGACGAAUUUGAUGGUCUGGUCAAUAAUGAAAUUUAUGAAGCUGCUGAGACCUAUUUGGGCAGCAAGUUGUCACCUAACAUCCAUCGACUUAAAAUCAGUAAGCCUGAGAAGGAGAAGAAUUUCAACAUCGCAAUGGAACGUAAUGAGGAGGUGACAGAUGUUUAUAAUGGACAGACAUUCAAGUGGAUUUGGCUCUGUAGACAAACACAGUCUACAAACUUCUAUAAUUCGAGGGACAUGAAUUCCACUCUAAAAUCUGAAAUCAGGUCCUUUGAGCUGACAUUUCACAAGAAAAACAAGGACCUUGUACUUAAUUCGUAUUUGCCUCACAUCAUGAAAGAAGCAAAAUUGCAAAAACACGUAAACAAGACGAUCAAGAUUCACACUGUGGAUUGCGAGAGAAUGUACAAUUUACACGAAAUGUGGAAGCCAGUGAAUCUUAAUCAUCCAGCCACUUUUGAGACAAUCGCAAUGGAAUCAGAUCAAAAAGACAUGAUCUUGAAAGAUUUGGAGAGAUUCGUGAAGAGGAAAGAUUAUUAUAGGAAAGUUGGCAAGGCAUGGAAAAGAGGGUAUUUGUUGUUUGGUCCUCCAGGGACCGGAAAAUCUAGUUUGAUUGCUGCAAUGGCGAAUUAUUUGAACUUUGAUAUAUAUGAUUUGGAGUUGACUUCGCUGAGGGGGAACAUGGAGUUACGGAGGUUGUUGGUUGCCACAGCCAAUAAGUCCAUUUUGGUGGUGGAGGACAUUGAUUGUACCAUUGAAUUGCAAGAUAACUUAGCUAAUCGAGCUACUGUUGUUCAUUCAAUUAAUGGUUUUGGUAUGCAAGAAAGCAAGGUGACAUUAUCAGGUUUACUGAAUUUUAUUGAUGGAUUAUGGUCGAGUUGUGGAGACGAAAGAAUCAUAAUUUUCACAACAAAUCACAUAGAGAAACUCGACCCUGCAUUGUUGCGACCUGGUAGAAUGGACAUGCACAUUCACAUGGCAUAUUGCACACCUUGUGGCUUCAAACUUCUUGCUACCAAUUACUUAGGGAUUAAAGAUCAUAAAUUGUUCAAAGAAAUUGAGGAAUUGAUUGACAUUGCCAAUGUGACACCAGCAGAAGUGGCAGAGCAAUUGUUGAAGGAAGAUGAAGUUGAGAAUUCCCUUAAAGGGUUGAUUAAUUUUCUUCACAAAAAGAUAAAAGAGAAUGAAGAGGUUAAGGCUAAGAAAGUGGAAAUAACACAAGUGGAAUCUGUUGAUGAGAAGAAGGAAAAUGUUGAAAAUGAGAUUAAAGAAAAGGAGGAAGAAAAGGUAUUACCAAAUGGGGAAAGUACUUAA